CGGCAACUUCCUCCACGGCUCCACCCUUUUAUUGAAGAAGCAACGGUCAGCAUCCGCAUCCACAAAGCCACAUCGCGGCUUCCGUUGACCGCGACGGCUGCGACUCGCGCCCGGCCUUGACAACUCGUGGGCCCGCGGUUUCCGGGCUUUUGGAUGGAAAUAUCCCACCAUAUUUGGUCAUUUCCCAACCAGCGCCAAGUUCGUCGCACACCACACCACGCCGCCUCUGGACCCCGGAACGAACAAUGGAGGCGUUGCUAGGUGCCAACCCGUCGAACCCUUCGUGCGACUCUGUCGCCGACCUCCAAGCUCAAUUACGGGAUCUAUUCGGCAGCCGUGUGAGCGAGACGCGGGCCGAACACUGUUCGGUAACAUUCGCGCUACGAUCCAGCACCGUUUUCGAUGUCCCAGUCUCGGAAGCUGAGAAUGAGGUUCUCCAUCACGCGUCAAACAUCGAUCCGCUGCUCGGCGGCGCACGUUCAAGUGUUGCGGUUGCCGAGACUGGGAAUAGAGGGCUGGUGACACGUAGAAUAAGCGCGAUUGAUGCCCUCAUCAACCAGCCUCUCGACGACCCGGUUCUGCAGACGUCCAUCACCAGACACAUCAUAACUGCACUAAAUGAGGUGGAUGGGAGCAACUGGAUUGUGCGGCAGGUAUCGCGAGCCGAGCAGGGCUGGACCUUCACGUAUAUCUGCAAGGACUCGUGGCAGGCGUGGAGUCGCCAGACUUCCAAAGUUCCGGCGAAGACCCUCAUUGGGGAAUGGAGCGAAAAGGCUGGACAAGAUCCGAUUCACUUAUCUCGGCCGGCCUUUGAUUGUCGAGGGUCCCUCAAGAUUGCCUUUUCCAAGUCGAGCAAGACCAUCGAUUUCAAAUACGAGCAUACGCCGAUGCACAAGACGGUCGCCCAGUUGAUCGAACUUCUUGCACCGCCUCCACCUGCACCUGUCGUAAAGACGCCGGCAAAAAAGCCGAAAGAGCCAAAGCCGCCAAAGGAGCCGAGGCCACCAAAGGAGCCAAAGCCCAAGACGCCCAGACCGUCCAAGAGGAGGCAGGCAGAGAAUGGGGUUCCUGAUGGGGAAGGCUCUCAGCCGAAAAAGCGACGUAAGAAGAAGGAUUCGACGGCCCUGACUGGCCCCGACGGCAGCGUUCUGCCCCCGGAAAUGCCGGGCGCCCUGCCCGUUAGCGACUCAUCUGCGCGGCAGCUUUACAAUGCGCAAACCGAUUUUACCGGGCCAACCCAGCCAGAUGGCUCAAGCAGUAAUCCAGAAGGCCUUGUUAGUGCCAAUGUCGCUGCAGCCGCUGAUGACGGCGUGCACAUCCACUCGAUUCUUAACCUUCCUCCAGGAGAGGCAGCAAGGCGCCGAGAUUUGGCGAUAAAGCUUCUCAGCAAAGCCGGCGUCGAUCCCAAGACCCUUUCAGCGGAGCAAUUCAACAUCUUUGCCAAUCAGUCCCCAGAGCUGCAACAGGAUUCCCUGGCCAUGCUCGUUAAGUACGGCGCAGAGCGCCUACGCAUCGUUCAUCCCAAUAAGGAUGGUGCAGGCGCCGGUCAGUCUACUCCUAAUAGGCCCCGCACGCCAGGCUCGGCCGGAAAUGCGACGCCAGCAUCUAAACCAAAAAGGUCGAGGAAAAAGAAAUCUGAUGCGGCGGCCUCCGCUCCGCCGGAAGACGGCGAUGUGGGCGUGGCAGGUCCAGGCGUAACCCAGACACCUGAGGUGGCGGAGAAGAAGCCAAGGUCUUCGCGUAUAUGCGACAAUUGUCGACUUGCCAAUGUCAAGGGCAAGUGUGACAAGAAGAAACCAUCCUGCUCGAGUUGUUUGCUGCAGGGCCUGCAAUGUGUCUGCUCUCCUUCAAAACCAAGGCAGAGCAAAGUCAUGUCAGCAGAGCAGCAGGCCGGUGGACAGAGUUCUGCACCGAUAGCGAUCCCGGAUGAGGAACCUGAAGGCUUGCCAUCGCCCGGCUUUCAUACUGAGCCGGCGAGCGAACCAGUCCAUCAGACGGUUCAUGAGUCAAUGCAUGAGACUGUGAGCGAGCAAGUUCAAGACCCAGUUCAUGACCAUUUCAACGAGCUCCCCAAUGAGACAGUAAACGCGCAGAUCCCAGACACAGUCCCCCAAGAGAUUGAAUCCCCUUCAGAUACUUUCGCACACUCUCAUGGCAUCUAUCAGCAUUCUUCCGGGAUGACCUUCCCCCAAGUCGGGAACAAUGCCGCUACUGAACUUCCCCAAUCCGGCAUCUCACCGUCGCAGAUGGAAUACGUUUCGCACUCGGUUUCAGAGACUCCCGGGAACUCGUUGCAUAGCUACACUUAUCCGGCACCGGCGGAGCGACCUACUGCGGAGUACACGAAGCAAGCCAGCACCGCUGUCGAGCAAUCUCAAAGGGCUGAUCCCGUUUCUCAGCCCCCGGCAAGGCGCAGUCUCCCGACCGGCCAGCCUGCUGAAACUAGUACCUCUAUGUCUGCACAGAGCAAUUGGCAGUCCAUGGCGGGUUCAUCAACUGCGGCAGUCCACGGGAACAGAUCUUCACCGAUGCAGUCCCGGGCUAAGAAGCCUGUUCCAGCUUCGCAGCCGUACGGUGAUCUGUCGCAGCACACCUCGAGCUGGACGAGUGCGGAUCAAGCUAGUGCCCACACUACGCAGCCUGCGGUCGCUUCACCGUCUCAGGCCGCCGCUCAGCCCGACCGUUCCAAGUCACGGCAGAGUAAUCGAGCCCAAACCCAUGCUCCUCAGCCGAUGUCGACGGACAACUACAGCAAUUACGGCCAGUAUCCGAAUGCUGCGAGCGCACAGUCAGACUCGUCCGGUGAUCGCAUCGCCUACCAGCCAUAUGUCACCAACCACAAUUCCACAUCGUCCAAUUCUUAUUCGUCCUUUGAUAACUACAACACCCGCCUAGCCAAUACUUCCUCAUCUAUCGAGGCAUCGCACAAUGUAGCGACGUCCUAUCCAUCGACCUCAGUAGCAGCCCCAAGCAGCGCACAGUGGGGUUCGGCAGCGUCUACCUCGCAAACAAGAAAUCCGCGCCCCUACAAUACAACCCAGGCAGCGUCCGCCGCCCCGUCAUACAACGUACCAUCUAACUCACAGCAGUCGCAGUCACUGCAAGGGUUCAAAGUCCGUCCCCAGCCGCAGGCUCACGCUAGAAGCUCGUCCGGCAUGUAUGCCCAGCAUCAACAGCAGCAAUCGCAGCAGCCACCGCAGCAGCAGCGACAGCAGCAGCAGAGCUACAGCGGGUACAUGAACCAACAGCAGUCGCAUGCGCACGCCCCGAGCAGUACCGGCCGCCACCAACAGGGCUGGUACGGCUUCACGGCAGGCGCCGCCACUAACAACCCGUCCUCCGGGUACAAUUCGAAUACGGCUGCUGCCGCUACCAGCGGCGCCAACGCCUACUCGACUACUGCUGUUGCUGCCGGCUCGGCAUCGCAUGGCGGUCACGGCGCACAUGGCCCACACGCCUCGCACGCACACGGCGGCAACGCCCACAGAUCCAUGAAUCUGUCUAACCAUGCCUACAGUAACAUGGAUGCGGCUGGCGAUCAGGCACUGUAUGACUUGCUGAGGAGUAAUCCGGCCGGUUAA